AUGUUCUCGACAUUAGUACGACGGACUGCCCAGCAGAGCCCGCCAUAUGUGUAUACGAAUCCAUACAAGGCGAGAAAGUUAUGGCCCCCCGAUUUCUCGAAGAUCUCCCCGAAGCAUCAAUUCAGACUCGAACGGAAAUACAAGAGGAGAGCAAAGCUAAAGUGGGCAAGACCGAGAUGGACGAAAGCGGUUAAGAUUGUGCAGAUGGGGUCAAUUGUUUUUGUUGCGGUUUAUGGCGUGUUGUUCUUGGACUGGAAUAGCCAGGGUAGUCCGGAUAAUCCACCGUUCCAUGGGAUUCGAAGUUGGUUCUUUGGGUUGACAGGGUCGAUUUGGACGAAAGAUCAAGUCCGCCGAAGAGAGAGCCCAGAAGAGGCUCCUCCAACGGCAAGCACGGGCAGAUGA